AUGGUCUUGGGUGAUGUCAAUAGUGUGUGUAUGAGAAUUGUCAGCGAAAUUCUAUGAUUUUAACUUCUGUAACAAUAAUUUGUCAUUUCUCAUGUGGCAACACUGCAGGAAGUUAAAUGCUGUUUACUGAGCUCAUCAUUGCUUGACAGAUAAUAGUGUAGAAGUAAGCGAUUAUUAUAUUAUUUUGAAUAUUUGAGUCUUUGAGCGUUGUGGUAACUUUAGUACUAGUAGCUUCAAUCCUAAUUAAGAAAACAAAGCUUAAUUCUGCAGUAUCUCUACUGUGUGUCUCAUGUGUUACGUUGCUAAUUUAGCUAAUAGAUAGGUUUCCGAUGACGUCCGCCAUAUUGUUAUUGUUAUUUUUGUGCGGAAUGGGUCACCCAUGCGGUCGUGUGGGGUUGUAGAAACCGUGCGAAUUCGGGACAAGGAACCACAAUUCAGGACAAGGAACCACAAAGUACUACGAUAUUCCUAAAGUCAUUGUAAAGCAGGGAAAAGAAACCUGUGGCUGGUUCGAAAGUUUGGGGACCCCUGCUAUAAAGUUUGCUCUGAUCAUUUUGUAACAGAUGAAGAUUUCAUCAUAAUCCUCACAAAGGGUUGAAAAACAAGGUGCUGCAAACAAGCGUCCCGGGUUUCUGUCCACAACCUUCUACUCUUCAGCUGUGAGGAACACGAUGCAGCGCGAGGGGUAAUGAAGCCUCCUACCAAGCCUUUAGGGAGCAGCUUCAACUUCUCGCCACCAUCUAUCACCACCUCGCAUCCCACCUAUGGUGACUCCACUUUCCUCCCUCCGCAGCAACAAACACACCUGUCCCCAGGGGGACAACUGUUUGGCAAACACAAAGUUUGAGCGCCAUCUAGUGGAGAACAUCAAACAGAACAAGGCAGAGCUGAAAGAAGCAGCACAACAAGCGGCGUGUGCGCGCCCAUAAAUAAGGCCAGACGAGCGUGCACGCUGCAGGCUGGGCUGUGUAUUGUUCUCUGCACAGGAGGCGGGCUUCCUCCUCGCCGCACAACACGGAGCCUCGGUGGGUGACGCCACGCCGCACGGAGAAGACGAAGGCUCGGAGGAGGUGCAGCGGGACGACUCGGACGCGAAUCCAGACCAUCCGGGCAAUUAAGUCAGACGGAGGAAAGACAUCGUCUGGACGCACACACCAGGAGGAUGUCUGCAGGAUCCAGCAUGCACCUUGAGGAGGCGAGAACAGUGUGAGUCCACAGAUGGACCUUCUGUGUCAUGGAGCCAAGAGAGCAGAGGGCGCCGAUCCCCCCGCAGACCCUCGGCCUCCUCCUGCCAAGAUGGUCCGUCUGGAGCAACAUGGAGCCGCUGGAUGCUCAGCGCAGCAAGAGAGGAGCCUGCAGGAGAGUCCGGGGAUCCAAAAAGCCUUUCUGGCCCAGAAACCUUCUGCUGGGAAGCAUAAGAGCUCCCAGUCAAGAGGGAGCUCUUUGCCUGUCUUCUGCGUGGUGGAGCACUUGGAGAGUCCAGUGGACGGAGAGAGGAAAGACCAACAUGCCGAGUAUGUUCUGAUCAAGCGGGACCUGCUCUUCAACCAGCUGAUCGAGAUGGCCCUGCUGAGCCUGGGAUACUCGCACAGCUCGGCUGCUCAGGCCAAAGGUCUGAUCCAGGUGGGCAGAUGGAACCCCGUGCCUCUUUCCUGCGUGACGGACGCUCCAGAUGCCACAGUGGCCGAGAUGCUGCAGGACGUCCAUCACGUCGUUACCCUCAGGAUACAGCUGCAACGCUGCUCCAGACUGGAGGACCUGCCAGCCGAGCAGUGGACUCACUCAACAGUCAGAAACGCCCUGAAGGAGCUCCUCAAGACCAUGAACCAGAGCUCGCUGGCGAAGGAGUGUCCUCUGUCUCAGAGCAUGAUAUCGUCCAUCAUCAACUGCACCUACUACGCCAAUGUCUCAGCCGCCAAAUGUCAGGAGUUUGGUCGCUGGUUCAAGCACUUCAUGACCUCCAGAUGCAACAACACGGAGAGCUUCUCCGAGCAGCCGUCACACCUGUCCGUCAGCAGCAGUCCAGCGGACCAGAGCCUCCUUUACCUCCACGGAGGCAUGAGCAACAUGGUGGGCGGGGCCUCCCCGCACGGCCUGCUGACCCAGACCCUCAGCAGGUCUCAGCAGCAAGUAAUGACUCAGCUGCUCAACCAGCAGUACGCCGUCAACCUCAUGCUCGCCGGCCAGCAGCAGUUCCUCAACCAGCCGCCUGCGGGGAGGUCUCCUGCCAAGGUCUUCCCCAAUGCCCCGGACCCCCAGGGCCCCCAGCAGGCUCCCUGUUGCCCCGAUGGAGGCUCUUUGGUCGGAUCGGUGGCCGGAUCGGUGGACGUGUCGUCCGACAUCUACCACUGUGUGCGCGAGGAGAUGAAGAGGGCAGGGAUCUCUCAGGCCGUCUUCGCACGAGUGGCUUUCAACAGGACCCAGGGCUUGCUGUCGGAGAUUCUCCGCAAGGAGGAGGACCCUCAAAACGCCUCCCAGUCUCUCCUGGUCAACCUGCGGGCCAUGAGCAGCUUCCUGCAGCUCCCCGAGGCGGAGAGAGAGCGCUUCUACCAGGAGGAGAAAGAGAGGAGCCUGACUGGAUUUACGCCGAGCUGCAACAACACACCACCGAGAUGCACGCAGGCCAGACUGUCCCCAGUAACGGUGGAGCGAGCUUUGAGGACGGACAGUUGCAUCCUCCACGUGAGCUCGUCCAUCUAUGACGAGAUUCAGCAGGAAAUGAGGCGCGCCAAGGUGUCGCAGGCCUUGUUCGCCAAGGUGGCCGCGUCCAAGAGCCAGGGCUGGCUGUGCGAGCUGCUACGUUGGAAGGAGGAACCCAGCCCGGAGAACCGGACCUUGUGGGACAACCUGUGCAUGAUCCACCGCUUCCUGAGUCUGUCCCAGCUGGAGAGAGACGCCAUUUAUGAGCAGGAGUGCACUUCCUGGCACUGCUGCUCCGAUAGACGCUCCCUGGCUGCCCACGACAACGCUUUGUACCAAGGCAACUCUCUGCUGACUCAGCAGCCUCAUCUUCAACCUCAUCAAGCCUUGCACCCGGAAGCAGGACCUCCUUUGUCUCCACGGCAACCGUGCGCCGCAUCACCAGCCGAGUCGGAGGCCGGGGGCAACUGGGGGAUUCUGAAGGUGGUCGUGCACGGCCACGGCGGCGGCGACUUGGACGCCUCACCGGAGGGCCCGGGAGGCGGCGGCGACGACGUGGACCUGCUGGUGGACUGGAACUGUCUGAAAGUGGAGACGGACACAGGACACGACGAGCAGGCGGCAGAAGGCGGAGCGCUGAAGGACAAGCUUCAGGUGCAGUGGCCCCGCUUGAAGGAGGAGGACGGCGACAGAUUAGAGAUCCGCAUCAAGACGGAUCACGAAGACCAGGCCCAGGUGUCCCACGAAGCCAUGGGCAUCCUGCAGAGCUUCACCCGAGAAGUGGGCCUCAACCCGGACGAGGAGGCGGUCCACACCCUGUCGGCUCAGCUGGGCCUGCCCAAGCACCUGAUCCGCAGCUUCUUCAGCAGCCAAGACCACGUGCCCGCUGCACGCAUGCACAGGUACAGGCAGGAGCAGGCGUGCGCGGCCAGGAGAACUGAGCAGCGGCAGGUCGAAGAUGAAAGAGGAGACAAGAACGAGGAGCCGAGACAAGACAGCAUGAAGACUUUGAAAGGCUUGGACAUCAGCACUCAAACUCUCCCGAAAGAAGAAGACGUCUGACUCUAUGACCAGGUGAGAGACGGCCACGCCCUCCGUCUUCCCAUAAACAUGUAUCAAACAUGGCCGCCUUCUUCUUUGGGAGUAUUGGCCGCCUUUCUCACACAUUCAGGAAACGUGCUUAUUAUGUUUGAAGAGAUCUUCUUCUUCAAGGGGAAACGUACUUCUUUUGGAAUUCACAAUGUGUGACAAGAACACAUGUCUUUUUUAUGCAUUCUAAAUCCUCAAUACACAAUAGCAAAAGUCAGCUAACAAUGCAACCAAUGGGCCGCAUGUAAAGCGGCGGCAUGGCGUAGUGGGUAGAGCGCCCGUGUCAGAAACCUGAGGGUUGCAGGUUCGCUCCCCGCCUUUUACCAUUCCGUUGUGUCCUUGGGCAGGACACUUCACCCUUGCCCCCGGUGCCGCUCACACCGGUGAAUGAAUGUUGAAUGAAUGAUAGGUGGUGGUCGGAGGGGCCGUAGGCGCAAAUUGGCAGCCACGCUUCCGUCAGUCUACCCCAGGGCAGCUGUGGCUACGAAAGUAGCUUACCACCACCAGGUGUGAAUGAAUGAUGGGUUUUUAACAUGUAAAGCGACUUUGGGUACUUAGAAAAGCGCUAUAUAAAUCCCAGGUAUUAUUAUUAUUAUUAUUAAAGCGCUUAAAAAGUGUUAGCGAUAUUGUUAUUACAAGCGCUAUCGCUGAGGAACUACUUUUAGCAGCGCCGUGAUCACAGAGAGCUAACUAGCUUAUGCUGUUAUAUUGACAUAUUGAGCUGCUGCAUCGCCUGUGAGUUGGUGAAAAUUACUUCUAAAUUAUACCUAAUGUCUCUCACCUGGAUAGUAGAAGGUUGUGGACAUAAACCCACAAGUUGGUCAACUUUGACAUCCAACUUAGACCCGGAGAUGGCCAGAAAGACACGGGAAAAAAAAACUUUUUUUUAACCCUUUGUGAGGAUGAUGAUGAAUUGUUGAUGUAAAGGGGAGGAUACAACCAUCUUAUCAGGCUUUAUCCCAGUGAGAGCAGACAUUGUACAGUAAAUUAUUGUUUUAUUUUGUUUGUAUAUCUUGUUUAGCACUUAGCAAUACUUCUACAUGAUGCUUAGUGUUUGACUAAUUCUGCAUCUGUUUAGUUUCUAAAACUUGCAGAUCAUCCUCCUUAUAUUCAGGCUCAAAAAUAGACAUUUCUGGAUCAUCAUUUGUCCCAAAGUAGUCUUUGUUGUCUCUCAUCAAGUCUGCCAUGAGUAUUAGUUUUGCUGUUGUUGAAGGGAAAGUGAACGUUGUGAUGCAUCUGUGAAAUUAAUACUUAAAAUGAACAAAAUAUGUAAAUAUGACAUGUUAUUAUGAAUGUUACUAGAUACUACAUAUAUAUAUAUAUAUAUAUAUAUAUAUAUUUACAGUGUGUAUACCAGACCUUGAUGGAGGUUUUUGGAUCUUUUUUUAGAAAGGAAUAGAGCGACUCUCAUUCGCUCCACUGUUAGCUGACCUUUUCUAGCUUUUAUUUGUGAGUUAGAAUGCAUGAAAAGACGUGUUCUUGUCUCACUUAAGGAUUGUGAUUUAAAAAAAAGAGGUACAGUUCCCCUUUAAGAUCAAUGGACUUCUCCUUUUGUUGAAACUGUCCCAAACGUCGAGUUGAUUUCUUUAGUUGUAAAAAAGAGAGACUGUGUCACAUGACUCACUACCUGGAUUAUGAAGAAAAGAUGAACACAUUUAUGCGAGCCGACGACUGAAAGCCAGGGACCGUCAGCAGGGAGAACCGGGGCAGCGGAGCCAACUCGCCCUGGCCACGUGAGUCUUUUGAGUCAAACGGCAGCUUUCAUGCAGCUCGGUGAGUCGACUGCAGUCACAGUGUUCUUUUCAAGGACUGAUGGCAUGUUGGUGUGAGUCCACCUUCUUCAUGAGAGGACUGUUCCAGUUCCAGAAUGUUCCGACCCUGACUCGGUUUGUCUUGAAAUCAUGUAGCAGUCGUACUUUCACUUAGCAUUGUUUAGCUCUUACUUUUAUUCGCAGUAGAGAAGGGAUUCACACGGCCCCAUUCCUGGCUGGGUCUCGUGUAAGAGGAAGAGGGGAAGGUAAGCAUCUUGCAAUGCAGUCUGCUGAAAAUGAUGGAAAGCGCCACUCUACAUAGCAAUGGAAUUGCCACAAAACACAUUUUAAGACAGUCAAAAGUCUAAAGUGGAUAGUGCGCCCCCUAAUUUGGCACGUUUCAUGUGUCAGGCCAUUUGAAUCCCCUUCCUACUGUCUGUCAACACCAUGGAUGUUUGUGUAGCAUUUGAAACCCACUUUGAAUAAAGGCGUCAAGCACAUAUUUACUAAGCAGACCGUGUUGCAUGAUGGGUAUUGUGUAAUAGAUCCCAGAGACCUGGUCGGGUGCCAAACAAGACCAACGUUCCAGGAUGACCCAGUAACCUUAUUAUUGUUAUACUGCUCUUCUUGGAGAUUAUUGUCAUUUAGAGCCGACAACCUUAGCUCCAGCCCCCGUGUGACCAAGCAGACGUUUCCAUGGCGACGCUUUCACCGGAGCCAGCGAGGGGUCAUGAACGCCUCAUCAGUAAUAUUAGCAAUAAUGACGACUUCAGUUAUUUUAUAGCUUUGCUUUAUUGAGUGAUGCAAACAUUCUUCUUCUUUUUGUUUUUUCUGUACAAGGUUGCUAUGGCGAUGGCUCAUCGGAGUAAGAGGGCUGAAAGUAACAGGAGGGAGUUUGCGCAAUUACAGUACAUGAAAUAUAGCAACACAUUACAGUGAGUCGACAAACAAUUUU